AUGUUUGAAUAUGUUGAUUCUGCCGACAAGGGCACUCUGGCAUGGUUCUUGCUGUUUGAUUUCUGGGGAGACUACAUUAGCGAUGUUCUAGCUCGCGUGACGUCCUACGCCCAUCGCGAUGUGCUCAUCUUGCUGCAAUCCUACGCACUCAAUCAAUCUUCUUGGACCUGUCUCACAGACCCAGAUUGA